CCUCAGCAUCUCCUUAGCUUCUGAUACCUCUUCUCUUAGUUAAAACUUAAAACUACCCUUCUCCAUUUCUCUCACCGUCUCUCUGUCUCUCUCCACAAACUUUGGUAGUGCUUUGAGACAAGAGAAGAGAGAGCUCAGUUUUGAAGUUCAAAGCUUUCUGCUAUGGCUUCUUGGGUGCUCUUACCCGUUGCUCCGGUGGCCAGUCGAUGCCUGGUGGCUCCGGUGAGGUCCCAGAGGUCCUCCUCCAUUUGUGUUCGGUCUUCUCUUGACACAAAUGUGUCUGACAUGAGUGUAAAUGCUCCAAAAGGGUUGUUUCCACCUGAACCUGAACACUAUCGAGGGCCGAAGCUGAAAGUAGCUAUUAUUGGAGCUGGGCUUGCAGGCAUGUCAACAGCUGUGGAGCUUUUGGAUCAAGGCCAUGAGGUGGAUAUAUAUGAAUCAAGGCCUUUCAUUGGUGGAAAAGUUGGCUCUUUUGUUGAUAGACGUGGAAACCACAUCGAGAUGGGACUCCACGUUUUCUUUGGUUGUUACAGUAAUCUUUUCCGAUUAAUGAAAAAGGUGGGUGCAGAUGAAAAUCUACUAGUGAAGGAUCAUACUCACACUUUUGUGAACAAAGGGGGUCAAAUUGGAGAACUUGAUUUUCGGUUCCCAAUUGGAGCCCCCAUACAUGGAAUUCUUGCGUUUUUAUCUACAAAUCAGAUCAAGACUUAUGACAAAGCCAGAAAUGCAUUGGCCCUUGCAUUGAGUCCGGUCGUGAAGGCUCUGGUCGAUCCAGAUGGAGCAUUGAAGGAUGUACGGGAUUUAGAUAGUAUAAGCUUCUCAGAUUGGUUCAUGUCCAAAGGCGGCACACGCACGAGUAUCCAGAGAAUGUGGGAUCCUGUUGCAUAUGCUCUUGGGUUCAUUGACUGUGACAACAUCAGUGCUCGUUGUAUGCUCACUAUAUUUACGUUGUUUGCCACUAAGACUGAGGCAUCCCUGCUUCGUAUGCUUAAGGGUUCUCCAGAUGUUUACUUGAGUGGCCCCAUCAGAAAGUAUAUUAUUGACAAGGGAGGAAGGUUUCAUCUUAGGUGGGGAUGCAGAGAAAUAUUGUAUGAUAAAUCUUCUGAUGGAGAAACUUAUGUUGCAGGCCUUGCCAUGUCCAAGGCUACUAAUAAGCAAACUGUGAAAGCAGAUGCCUAUGUUGCAGCAUGCGAUGUGCCUGGAAUCAAGAGACUGCUUCCAUCCCAAUGGAGGGAAUGGGAAUUUUUCAAUAACAUAUAUGAACUAGUCGGAGUUCCUGUUGUCACUGUGCAACUUAGAUAUGAUGGCUGGGUCACAGAGAUGCAGGAUCUAGAACGGUCAAGGCAAUUGAAGCAAGCUUUGGGAUUGGAUAAUCUUCUAUAUACUCCCGAUGCCGAUUUUUCAUGCUUUGCUGACCUAGCACUUGCUUCUCCAGAAGAUUACUAUAUUGAAGGACAAGGUUCACUCCUACAAUGUGUGUUGACACCAGGUGAUCCUUACAUGCCUUUGCCAAACGAAGAAAUAAUAGCAAAAGUUACAAAACAGGUUUUGACUUUAUUCCCAUCAUCACAAGGCUUAGAAGUCACGUGGUCAUCUGUUGUCAAAAUUGGGCAAUCCCUAUAUCGUGAGGGACCUGGUAAAGAUCCUUUUAGACCAGAUCAGAAGACACCAGUGAAAAACUUCUUCCUUGCAGGAUCAUACACAAAACAAGACUAUAUAGAUAGCAUGGAAGGGGCAACUUUGUCUGGCAGACGAGCUUCUGCAUAUAUAUGCAAUGCGGGGGAAGAUUUGGUGGAGUUGCGAAAGAAGCUUGCAUCCCAAGACGGGUAUGCAACAGCUGCUAAUACUACUGAUGAGCUGAGUCUUGUCUAAUACAAUAUUCUCAUUCAUUUGCCAAUCACAGAGAAAACCGUGACAACCUCAAACAUGUGGAGUCAAUUGGUGACUCCUACACGGUGCACUUUGUUAGUUGGCAUUACAAAUGCUUUACAUUACAUGUAUAGAAAGUGAAUAGCUCUCAUGUAGAAUUGGUGAUCAUGAAAUGUAAUGCAUAGUCUGUAUUCUUAAUGAUAAGUGCAAGGGGCUUCCUUU